AUGCGCGAAACCUGGCCUCGAUCGCAACCGCAGAGCGUACCCGACUCCGUGACCGAACCACAGGUCUGGGAGUGCGCGCUUCUGGAGCUUGAGGGAGAGCACGUGCAGUUGGAGCGCUGGGCGCUUCAGCGCCUCCCCGCUGAUGCCGCCUGCUGGGCAGUUGCGAGACGCGAACGAGCACGUCGCCAAGCGGUCCUUCGGCACGCAACUGGUCUUGUAGAGGCGUUGCUCGGGUCGCUAUUGCCGGACGCUGAAUCGAGCACGAGGCUUGAGGUGCUGACGACCUCGGAGCUGGUUGCUUUCCUGUCCGACGCCAGUGUAUGGCAAGCGCUCUCGCUGCCUUCAAACGCGGUUGAGGCAACGCAAGACCGGACCGAUGGAUGUGCUGGAGAGUCUGGGGUGAUCACCAGCGCCAGACUGCGACACGGGUUUGCAGCAGCGCUCCAAACGCGAGCGCGAACCUGGCACCGCGACAACGCUGGCACCCCGACAGACGCACCUGUCGCCUCCAAGGGCACUGCGCCUGAGCGAGUCUCGAGCGAGAAAACAGCGUUCCGCAGCGCGAGCGGGAAUGCGCUCGAUGAGCAGCAGCCAGCCCAAAAGGCGCCCAGUCGGUUUAGCGUACCGCGAAGGCUGGGGGAGUCAGCCCAGCCGACGCCGAGUGCGAAGCGUUCGCGAGAGCCGUCAUCACAAGGACCGGCUGCCGAUGGCCAGCGACCUGACCCCAAUCUGCCCAGUGUACCGAACGUCGAGCCUGCCCUCGUCGAGACGGUGAUGCAAGAGAUCCUCGACCAGUCGCCUGGCGUCAACUGGGACGAUAUCGCUGGACUAGAGUAUGCCAAACGCUGUGUUAUGGAAGCAGUCGUUUGGCCGAUGGUUCGCCCUGACUUGUUUCGAGGAAUACGGGGUCCGCCACGGGGCGUCUUGCUCUUCGGGCCACCUGGCACCGGCAAGACGAUGAUCGGUCGAGCGAUUGCUUCGCUCUCUGGGGCUCGCUUCUUCAACAUUUCAGCCUCAUCGCUCAUGUCGAAAUGGGUAGGCGAAAGCGAAAAACUGGUGCGAGCGCUGUUCGGUGUCGCGCGAGCUCUACAACCCUCCGUCAUUUUUAUCGAUGAGAUGGAUUCUAUGUUGAGCGCUCGUUCCGAGAAUGAUGCGGAAAGUUCACGUCGUAUCAAGACGGAGUUUCUGGUGCAAAUGGACGGGGCAGCGACCAACCGCGAUGAUCGAGUCCUGGUUAUCGGAGCGAGCAAUCGGCCUCAGGAGCUGGACCAGGCAUGGCGUCGGCGCAUGGCUCGUCGACUCUAUAUACCGCUGCCGGAUCGCCAAGCGCGACGCGGCAUGCUGCAGAGCCUACUCCGCGACCAGAAACAUGCGCUCGGUGAAGCCGAACUCGAGCGCAUUGUGGACCUUCUGGACGGUUACUCUGGAAGCGAUGUGUAUGCAGCCUGCGCAGAAGCAGCCCUUGGUCCUGUCCGUGAUCUCGGCGCUGAUAUCGCCAACGUCUCAGUCGAGCAGGUUCGAGCCAUCCACGAAGACGACUUUAAACGGGCUGCAGCGGUUGUUCGGCGGAGCGUCAGCGAUGAUGAAGUUCGUGCCUAUGAGCGCUGGAAUGCAGAGUACGGAUCGUUUCCAUAUGAUCCAGCUCCCGCUGCGAGUUGA